UAUAGUGUACCUGAAGCUCCAAAGUGAAGAGCGCGGUUUUUUUUUGUUUUCGUCAACGGAAUGUGAACCAUGAAUCCUCGGAUUCGCAGUCCAGGCACGUUAACUAAUAGGCCACGCCUGACACUUUUUUUUUUGCUCUUCCUUUACCCGUGUUCAUCACAUUCCUGGCGGAGAUAGUAUCAUUCAUUGAUUUCAGAAUCACCAUGAAAGGAGCCACCUGGUGGUUAGCAAUGCGUCUUAUUGGGUUAACUCUGUGUCUCACUGUCAUCAGUGGACAGAAGUGCUCAGAAGACAGUGAGCAGUUUCCUAGCCACGUAUUAAGUAUAGAAGACUCGGAAAAAAAUGGCGCCAAAAUAGAAAUUAUUAAUUUCUACUUCACUAAAAGCGUUGAGACUUGUACAACGGAGUGCUGUGAAAAAACAUAUGGUAACUGCACUGUUUCAUCUUUCAUCCGGAAUCAAAGCAGCGUCAACUGUUAUCAUUUCCAGUGUACUCCAGUGGCCCUCUGUAGUCUUAGUCCUUCCAACCGUUCAGAAUCCAUGGUAGUUUUUAUCAAUACAGAUAAAGACGAACUUGAAAAGAAUGAAUCUCUGAUGGAGACGUCAAAUAAGGAAAAUGGUUUCAACAAUCAUCUACAAGAAAAUGUAGAAGAUAAUAAAAAAUUCAAACCAAGAAAGGGAUUUAACGCUUCUAUUCAAACUAAUGAAAUCUUGUUAGACUCAAAUGAAACUUUGAGUUUGAACUUCAGUGAGCACAUUAGUAACGUAACGACAUUUAAUGAAACAAAAACUUAUAUUUACCCUAGGAAAGGUGUGGUUCCGAAUUCCAAGAAAGAGACAUUGGAGUUCAUUCGGGUAGGAAAAGAAGAAACAACGAAAAACAUGGAAGAUAACGUAACCACGAAUAAUUCGGAUUAUUUCAAAUUUACUAAUGAAACUAAUUUGGCUGAAAUUUUUGAAGAACCACCCCAUCCUAUUUCUGUUCAUAAGGAAACCUUUAACGUAAGUACAACGCCUACUGGGACGGAACUGCAGAACAAUAACAACAGUAAGAAAGGCAAACUGGUUAUGGUUACCUCACGACCGGUUCCUGUUUCAAGUGUUACUGAGAGCAGUGUGAAAGUGUUCAAAGAAAAUAAUCGCCAAGAAAAACCAGUGUUUUUAGACAGUUUGCAAAGCCUUUCCGUAAAUAAUGAAACGCAACUUGGCAUUGAGGUGACAGAAACACUAUUUACUGGAAGCCAAGAAACAUUACCUGAUUACAAACAACAAACAUCUGCUUUUAGUUACGAAUUAGAUGCUAUCUCUACGUUGCAUCAAGAUUUGAAAUCUGUAAGUCAAAACCAAGGUGAUACACACGUAUAUUCAAACAUUACAGGAAAGAACAUGGACUCUAGGAAGAAUGAAAAAUUGUCGAAUAAUUUGUCAAAUGGAACAGAGAAACCACUAAAAUUAUUGACACAAGAAACAAUAAUGGAUAACGAAAACAACAAACCGACCUAUCCUGGAGUUACAGAAUACGAUAAUGUUCUAAUACAUUUCACACGAGUGCAUAAAGUAGAUAAAAAGGUCUUACUAGACAAACCCUUUACAGAAGUUACCGAUGAUAAAAGUAGUCCUACUGAAUAUACUUCCGACUUUCAAGAGCAACCAACUUUGCCUCCUUACGUCCAGCACACAAAUAUUGUUCAUGUUUCUCUCACGCCACAUACGACUGCAUCCUUGGACAAUCCAACGUCAAACUUAAGCAAGUCCUGGUCAAAAUCUCAUAUAAUUUCUAAUACGACCAUACAAAUAACUCUCUCCACACCUCAACCUAUUAAGUUAACAAUGCCAUUGAGCAGAACACAACAGCACCAGAAACUUACAACAGAAUCUGUUUUGAAUCCAAUAAGAAACUUUACACCAGUUGUCAGUAAAGACAACAUCAAGAUGGACUCAGUUCAUCAAACCUACGAUUCUUCUUCUGUUCACCUUAUCAUUGCUUUAGUAUUGGGUUUACUGUUGCUAUUUACAGUACUAGGUUUGGUAGGCAAACGAAUCUACGACACCUGGCAGCGACGCCAUUACCACAGAAUGGAUUAUCUAAUUGAGGACUUUUACAACAGCUAACUUAGUACCUUCGUUAUCGGCUUGUAAGGAAGAGUAACAACAACAAAUCGGAAACAAAGAGAAACUGGAGAGAGUGGGAUUACACGUAGAUUGAAGAACUAAAUGUGUAGAAAGAUGGAUGACUCAACGCUUUACGUUUUGUUGCACAAAAUAGAGUUUCUUACAUACAAAUUUGGAUAAUCUUUUUCUUUAGAUUUGGAAAGAUGGUCUUCCAUUUCUAUCAAUCCACGACUGUCUAAACGAGGAAUAUAUUCCCUCUACCUUAAACCAUGGCUGUCUAAAGUGGAAAUAUCGUACCUAACGACUAGAAACGUCUUUCCAUUCUAUCCAUCUAUAAUUGUAUAAAAAGUGGAAGUCUUCACUUUCUUUUAACCCAGACUGUCUAAGGUGAGGAAGGCUUCCUUUUGUUUUAACCCAGACUGUCUAAGUGAGAAAAUGACCCCUUUCUUUUAACCCAGACUGUCUAAGGUGAGGAAGGAUUCCUUUUGUUUUAACCCAGACUGUCUAAGUGAGAAAAUGACCCCUUUCUUAUAACCCAGACUGUCAAAGUGAGAAAAUGACCCCUUUCUCUUAAGCCAGACUAUCUAGAGUGAGAAAAUCACCCCUUCCUCUUAACCCAGACUGUCUAAGGUGAGGAAGUUUCCCUUUCUCUUAAUCCAGAGUGUCUAAAGUGAGGAAUGCUUCCGUUUAUCUUACUCUAGACUGUUUAAAGUGAGGAAUGCUUUCCUUUCUCUUAACUCAAACUAUCUAGAAUGAGGAAGGCCUCCCUUUCUCUUAACCCAAACUAUUUAGAAUGAGGAAGGUUUCCCCUUCUCUUAACCCAGACUGUCUAAGUGAGAAAAUGACCCCUUUCUCUUAACCCAGACUGUCAAAGUGAGAAAAUGACCCCUUUCUCUUAACCCAGACUAUCUAGAGUGAGAAAAUCACCCCUUUCUCUUAAUCCAGACUGUCUAAAGUGAGGAAUGCUUCCGUUUAUCUUACUCUAGACUGUUUAAAGUGAGGAAUGCUUCCCUUUCUCUUAACUCAAACUAUCUAAAAUGAUGAAGGUUUCCCCUUCUCUUAAUCCAGACUGUCUAAAGCGAGGAAGUCUUGCCUUUCCUCUUAACCCAGACUGUCCCAAGUGAGGAAUGCUUCCCUUUCUCUUAACCCAGACUGUGUAAAGUGAGAAAAUCACCCCUUUCCCUCAACCUACAGUUGUCCUACAACUGUAUAAAAUUAGGUGUUUUGUUAGAAUUGACUGAUGAAAUUGUCAUCAGCUACCUGUAUAAUACAAAAUUGAAACGGAACACUGGAGUGAAUGUAAAGUGACACAUUAAGCAGCUAUGAUAUGUAAAUUUCAUGCUUCUAGCUUCGUGAGCGAACGUCUCGUCUAACCUUUAGAUAAUCUGAGAUCGUGUAAAUAAAAUAUGGAUGCACUGUAAAUAUUUGCUGUCUUGAAACCUUAAAGGAGUCUCACAUUUGUAGUUCUAGCUUAAUAAACACCGGACGACAUGAGGAAAGAACUAUUAUAUUGUAUUGGUUACAUAAUACGAUUUUGGUAAUUGUAUCUUUUAGCUGAAUUACAUUUGAAUCUUUUGUAUUAUGAAUUGGACUUAGCUUCUAGGACUUUUUCUCUCUAUAGGCGUCAAAUAAAUUCAGUAAUUUUAAAAACAAAUAAAAUCAUGCUUUUUCAACCCUC